AUGUCAACCUAUCCCUACCGCCCCCUAAGUCUCCCCAAUGAAACCCGCAUACUCACUGUCCAACCCGGCAACCUCGACGACAAAAUCAUAUGCAGUAUUUCACAUCUGAACCUCGACUCACCAGACGAGCCCUAUGAGGCCUUAAGCUACUGUUGGAGCAAGAGCAUUGACGCCGUCAAAGAAAUCGACCCCGACACUGACAUCCCUUGGGCCAUUCACGGCCUGGAUGACUACGGCAACACGAUUUCCGAGUCUGGCACGUCCAAAUGGAAGGACCUCUGCGACCACCCCUACUACGGAGAGCAGUACAUACGCCUAGGUGGCCGCAUGCCCGACCACCCCAUCGAAUGCGACGGCGUAGAGAUUGUCGUCGGUGGUGAACUCUUCCGCGCGCUGCGUAGAAUGCGAAGCAAAGACGGCGGAGAGCCGCUUCGAAUCUGGGUUGACGCGCUGUGCAUUAAUCAGCAAGAUCUCAAGGAACGGAACGAGCAUGUCAAAGUCAUGGGACGGGUGUAUGCUGGCGCCCUGAGAACGCGAGUUGUUGAUUUGGCGAGCGCGACAAUGCAUGAGAUUCAGUGGCACUUUCACAAUAAUGCGGACACAAAUCGGCUUGAAUGGGGGCUCUUGGCUGAUUUGCUCAACCGCUCAUGGUUCAAACGUACCUGGAUCAUCCAGGAAGUUGUCAACUCCCGCGAGGUUAUAGUUCAUCUGGGAACUAUUCAGGUACCCUGGCACUUCCUGGCUAUCGUCAUCGACGCUAUGUCAGAAUUCAAACUGCAAAGCAUGAUUAGCGAAUGUAAAGGUUUCAAAGCCAUUGGUUUCAUGGAACAGCUCCGGAAAGAACGUGUCGACAAAGCGGCGACAGGCACCAGCACUCCGCUUCUUACUUUGCUGGAAGAGUUGAGAGACUUCCAAGCUACAAUCCCUAGUGACAAAAUUUACGGUGUGCUUGGCCUCAUCGAUCAGAGGGGGGCCUAUGUUGUCGACUACGCUCAGACUCCCGGACAGGUGUUUACUGACUUCGCGAUCAAGAGCAUCAGGGAUGGAUCGCUGGAUAUCCUCACGCAUUGCGUUGACUCGUCGAAGCCGACAAGUUUGAAGCUUCCGUCUUGGGUGCCUGACUGGACUCGUCCAGGCUGGACUGAGCCGCUUCGCAUUCGAGGGCUAGAGGCCUCCGCUGCUGGUGAUAGCAAGCCGAGCCUACACAUCGACGAGGACGCUGGCGUCUUGCAUAUCAAGGGCAGGAUCGUCGAUGUGGUAGCCCAGGUAGAAUCCAAGCGGCAGAUACCUGUGCCUAAUCAGCAGGGCUCAUUGGGAGGCAUGGGCGAAAACAAAGAAGUUGGAAAGGGCAGCGUAGGAAAUGGAGCCGACACUAGCGGCUCAAAUGCGAUCAAAAUGGCAAAGUAUGGCGGCGCUAUACUCAAACACGAGAGGGAAAACGAGAAGGAGGCGGGCGUGGGAGGUAGCAUAGCUGGCCACGAUACCGAAAGGUCCGGGAGCCCUAUCAACGACGCCGAAUACAGACUCAACGAGACAAUGGAAAAGAUGGCGAAACAUUCAGAAGAAUGGUACCGCAGCCUAAUCGACGUCGCCUUCCCAGACAAAACGGCCACCCCGGAAACGUGGGAGAACCUCUGGCGGACCUUCAUGUGCAACCGCACGCGGGACAAUAAUGAGAGACCUGGCGAGGAUUGCGCAACUGGUUUUGAGGUACACUACAAGACCGCCUUAGAACCGGGUAAGGGACUCGCUCGGGUUCUGCAGGAGCGGACUGACCACCAGAUCGAGUCUCACGGGUUGGCGCCGCAGGAUGGGGUGGCGCAUUACAUGAAGGAGAAGGAGGCUGCAGAGAGAUUCAUUGGGGCGCAUACAAAGUGGACUUACAAUCGAAGGUUCUUCCGCUCGAAGGGGGGCAGGUUUGGAUGGGCUGUUGAUGGAGUAAAGGAGGGCGACUUGGUUGUUGUGCUGUAUGGGUGUGACUAUCCCAUCAUCAUCCGUGAAGGUGAGCAGAAGAAAUCACGGAUUAUCGGCGAUUGUUAUAUCCAUGGGCUGAUGGAUGGUGAGGCUAUGGAGGAGAGUCUUGCGUUUGCGGAAACCGAGUUUGAGAUUGUGUAG